AUGGACAAAGUAAUAAUAUCAAAUAGUAGAAAUGUAAACUUUGAUAAGUCAGACAUAUUCGGAAAUAUGAAACUAAACGAUGAUGAUAAUAAUAAAAUAAUAAUCGAUGAAAUUAAUAAGGGCUCAUUAUAUCAUAAAAAUGCAAAUACAAGUAUAAAAAUCCAAGAAAAUGUGGAAAACAAAAAAAGUAGUAAUAAUAAUAAAGAACAAAAAAUUUUAAAUAUAGAUUUUAAUAAUGAUAAUGCCAAAGACGUUAAGAAUAAUAUUAGAAAUUCUCAAUGUGAUAAUGAAGGAGAAAUAAAUAAAAAUGAAGUAAAUCCGAACAAGAAUAAUAAUGGUGUGAAAAACAAAACGCCAUUAAAUAAAAAAAAUUCAAAUUAUAGCGAAGAAAAAACAAAACAAACAAGCUUAUUAAAUAAUAAUAAAAAUAAUAGUAAGCUAGUAAAAUUAAAAUCUGAGAAUAAUAAUAUUGAUUUAAAAAAAAGUGAAUCUUUUAAAUAUAAACAUAACCUUAAGACGAACUAUUCAAAUAAUGUUAAAAGCAAAAUCAAUAGUAGUAACGUUGGAAAUAAUUAUUAUAAUGCAGACGAUACUACUGAUAAAAAAAAAAUGCAUUUAAAUAAGGUUAGUACACACAAUAAAAAAAGUAAUAAAGGUUUACCUUCUCCUUCAAUUAGUAAACUUGAUGAUGUUGAAAUAAAUAAAGAAGAUAUUUUAUUCCAAUACGAAAAAUGUAUAAGUAGGAAACGAAAAGAAAGAAAAAAAAUAAAAAUGAAAUCAAAACUAUUUAGAAAAAGUGUUAAGUAUUCAAAAUAUUAUGGGGGAGAUAUAUUAAACGUAGUUAAUCAAAUGAAGUUAAAUUUGAGGUUCUAUCAACGGGAGAUGGAUGACUUUUUAUGUGUCAUAUGGAAUCUUCAAAAUAUGGUUUCGAUAGAACGGGAAAAAUAUAGAGAACUAAAAGACAUGCUAAAAUAUACAACAGAAGAAAUAGAGAAGGAGAACAACAAAUUAUAUGACGAAUUAAAUUUAUAUAAACAAAAAUAUAGCAACUUAAAGAGUGUUAUAUCAAAUAUUGGUUAUGGAAUGUUUUUAAAUAUUGAUAAAACAGAAAUAAAUAAUCAUAAAGAUUAUAUUAAAGGUAACAAUUCAUUUAUACAUUCUGAAAAGCUAUAUACAGAUGAACUGUAUGAAGAAAAUGAUGAACGUGAUUAUGUCAUGAUUCAUGAACCAUUGAGUAAAGCGAGUAAUUGCUAUAGUAAUCAUCAUAUCACAAGAGGUGGAAUAAAUCGUAACAAUUCAUCCUUAUUAAAAUAUCUUGACUUUUAA